AUGGGUGUUCCAAGUCCUAUAUGGGUACAUAUGUUGCUUAUCUCCAUAGUAAUUACAGGGCUGAAAUGUGAGCAUGAAAGGGGAAAUGGCAUUGCUGAUCAAAGUCAAGACAAGCCUCCCUCUUUAGCUCUUGCUGAGGUUCCUAAAGGAAAUAAACAAGUGAAAAACAAUGACACAGACUCUUAUAAACAAGUUGAUCAGGUCAAUAAGAGAAACAGAAAUUAUAGAGCAGGGGGCGGUGGAGGCGGUGGAGGCGGUGGUGGCGGUGGUGGUGGUGGCAGUUAUAGAUGGGGAUGGGGUGGCGGUGGCGGUGGCGGUGGUGGAGGGGGAGGAGGUGGAGGAGGGGGAGGAGGAGGAGGCGGCGGCGGCGGUGGAUGGGGAUGGGGAGGAGGAGGAGGAGGAAGUGGGUGGUGGAAAUGGGGGUGUGGAAGACAUAAUAAUAAUAAUAAGCAUGGGAAAAGGAACAGAGGAAUGAAGAAAGAUGAAUACAUAAUGGGAGAGUUUGCACAAUGCAUGAGACGAGGGCGUUGCAGAGGAAUGAGACUAGAUUGCCCACUUCACUGUGGUGGACCUUGCUUUUACGACUGUCAGUACAUGUGCAAAGCUCAUUGUCGACGUCCAUGAUAUUGAUUCAAACCAUGUCCUAUAUAGCUAGUCUAUGAUUAAACUAAUUAAGACUUUUAUCACAUACACAUAUAUGAGGAAUGUUUUCUUCUUAGUAUUAUGGUUGUAUUGGCUUGUUUUGCUUUUCCUCUUCUAUUAUUCCUUUGUUUCAUUUUAUUUAACCCUUUUAUUAUGACUUCAUGAUGUAAUCAUUUUUCAUUUUAAGUUUGUGAUGAGCUAAGCUUAGUGGGUUCUUCUUUUCAUUUUUUUUAGGAGAGGAAAAUUUUAUUUGUGCUACGUACCCCAUUAUUUCUCUGUUCAUUGAUUUGUAUAAGACUGAAAUUUAGUAAGAAAUAAGAAACACUUGUCCUUUUUUUGGUUGGAAA